AUGGCCAGAUCCUUUGAUUUGGUCAAGGUGAUCUUGGCCGGUGUGUCGGCCUUUCUUCUCCUCUUGACACUCAUCUUUAUCAUCUUGUUUGCGACGAAAUCAACGAAAGCCACCGGUUUCCUCGUCUCGUUCGCUUCUGAUGCUGACUCGUCCGCGGCAAGUAAAGCGAUUGAGAAAGCUUUCAAGGAUGCCAAGUACACGGUUCGAAAUGUGAAAGUGCAAGAAGCCGGCGAUGGAACGUGGAAGGGUGUGGUUGUUGUGAAAGGAGAUCAAAAAGUCGAUGAUGUGAGCAAAAAAGUGAAGCCGGACGCGAGUGGAUAUUCGGGAUUGCAGAUUAGAGAUGGUAGCAAAGCAUUGGAUAUCUGUGCCCCUCCCCCACCAGCAGCAACCACCUCCGAGAAACCUCAAUCCACACCAAGCACUACAGCAGCUGUGCCAACUACUUGGUGCUCGGACAACAACGGGGCAAGAGAUUACGUCUUUUUGAUUGACGUAAUUCCAUCGGAGCAUUUGGGCAAUGGAGAAACGAGGAAAUUGGAUGUACUCGGAGACAGGCUUGAUGAAGUGAUUAAAGGGAUUCCCAGCAAUGCUAGAUACGCUUUUAUGACAAUCGACGGCGAUGAUGAGGAUAAUCCGGCUAUCACUCAACUCACAAACGACGUCAAAGCGCUGAGGCAAGGAAGAGAUGAGGUGAUCCAACGAAUCAAGAACGCGAAUCAAAACGAUGAUUAUGCGAUGCAAUCUAUCGACUGGACUGCGAUUGCAUCCAACUUCAAUAUGUUGAAGCAGGGAAUGAAGCCGACGAUCCCCGUCUCGAUCGUUGUCAUUACCGAUCACCGCCCCGACGCAGGCCAAUCGACUUUCUUCUCUUUGCGAAACAAGGGGUAUUUCAUCACAGCGCUCAUUGGCCGAGGCACAUCUGGGUACAAAGAUUUGGCGAGCAUCCCACCGACACUUUUUGAGACCUACGAUGAUCUCCGCUCGGAUAUCAUCCCAACAGCCAUGUGCACAGUGAACGGCGAUUUGUCAACGGCAGAACCGGUGGCGAGUUUGAGUGAAAAUUCGCGAUCUGAUUUGAUCGAUUUGACCGAUUACAGAGAUUUCGUUGCAGCGGCUAAGCCUACUUUCGAAUGUCUCACUCAUGAUAUCGUUUUGGUGUUUGAUGAGACGCAAAGUAUCUACAAUGAUACAAUUACUGAUUGGAAAGAACUCUCCUACAAGAUUCUCCAGGAUUUCAAAUGGUUUGGAGAUUUGAAAGUUAACGAUGAUCGGGGUGUCUUUACGAGAAUCUCAGUUGUCGUGUUUGGUGGUUUGGAACAUCAAGACGCUCCUGGUGGACACGCGAAUCGACAAGUCGACAAGAGUGACGAUAACGAUUACAGUAGUACGGUACUCUUCGAUUUGGACAAGUAUCCUGAUUGGCAAUCUGCAAAGAGUCAAAUCGCAGCCAAGGUCUUUGUCUACAAUGGGCUCACCAAUAUCACUUCUGCUUUGAACGCUGUGCAACACGUGUUCGACAUCGCAAAGAAUUACGGGGAUGAUCCGAAUUAUAACAGAACGUCGAAAAGAGUUGUGAUCACAAUGACUGACGGAUUUUUAACCGCUGACGAAGAGGAUGCGACAAAAGCUCAAGCUAAAAUCCUCCGCGAAAACUACAAAGCUGAUUUGUGGUUUGUUCUCGCCGAGUUUAACGUCGAUAAUGUCGAUUUCCCGCAUGCUUACAACUUCGCAGUCGCCAUGGCUGAUAAUAAGCCCCAGAGAGUGUUCAACUCGUCGAAAGCGGCGAUGAACUCAAACACAUUCGAGGCUACGUACGGAAACGAAUAUCCCUGUCCACCGAAAAGAUGUAAAGUUAUCUAUUUCGCUUGUGAGAACACUGAGGUGCUCGAUCCGAUGAUUAAGGGUACCUCUAACAAGCAGUGUGUGCAAGAGUCGCUUCAAUUAGCCGAAUACAUCAACAGUCAAACCAGCAAUGUCACUUUCCGUUUCCUGUUGUACUCGAAACCCGAGUUGACCACCAUAUACCCGGCUCAAGGCGAGGACGACUCGUACGCGAAUUUCGUCGCCCAAGUCACCCCACUACUCGACGAUACGAUUCGAGAGAAGAAACACGGAGGAUUUACCUAUUUGGCUGAUGCUCUCAACGUGAUCGCGAACUCUUUCCAACAAUAUGUCCGAAAAAAUCCACUUGCUGACGGAGCGCUUUUCAUUGCCGGACAAUUUGAAGACGGGAAAAUCCAGGAUCUCGACAUGGUGAAAGCGGCUGCUGGAAAUGUCCGAAGCAAGUUCUCGCACUUCUACGUGAUGGAUCGAUCCGAUCCGAAGCGAGCGCUGCCCUAUGGAGAUCCCAAUCAGGGAUGGGGAAUGGUGGCGCCGAAAGAACAGACGGUUCUCUUCGCCGGAAAAUACGAGACAGACAAGGAUGCGCUAGAAAAAAUCGGCUUCUUUUCUGUGAUCAGCAAACUCGACUGUGCUCUGCCUGAGCCGUACCGUUGCAAAGACAUGUUCGACGUUCAAUUCGUCUUCCAUUUCUCUGAUCAAGUUGACAACGAUGUUUGGGAUGAUCAAAAAAGUCUCAUCAACGAGAUGCUUUCCCAAUUCAAGGCGCCCUAUCCGGUUCAUUUGGGCGCUUAUUUCCUUGCUGAUGAUGGGUUAGACGUCCAGAUGGGCCUUCAAACGGUCGAUGAGAUCACCUCACUUAUCAAUGUAAACGCGACAACGACUGGAAGUCAUGAUAUGAGCUUGUGGGAUGGCGUGGUGGUGGAUCGUUUCUUGGCGAACACUGGGUGCAAGAAAACGACGUCAGCAAAUGAUCGGCCAAAUGUUGACAAUAUUGUGGUGAUCGUUUCGAAUGAUUGGACUCGAUGGGCUCAAUCGGCGUGGACGGACGUGACAAAUCACAUGGACGGAUGGAAGUGCAAAGAUUGCGCAAACUAUCCACAUUUCGUUUUCCUCGAUCUUAGUCCCGAAAAGAAACACCCGGAUGACUAUUAUCCUAUCGGAUUGAACACGAAUGAGAACCCCAUCUACAGGAUUUCGAAUUUCGAUCUUGAAGUCCGAGAAUCGCACAAUAUGAUCAACGACGCAGUGCACGGGAUUUGUUUAUCGUUUGACAGAAAUUGUUGCGUUGAUUUUCCGUGUCAAAUCUACACCGGACAAGUUGUUUGCGGUCAAAAAUCUUUCAUUCAACAAAUCACAAAUCAUGAAAUUUAU